AUGGCCCACAAGAAGGCGGUGGAAGGAGGCAGAACCAAGCGCUCGGGACAAAUCGCGCCCAGCUCUGCCGAUGCAGCAGGAAUUUAUAACAACGCAAUGGCUCCCCGGAAACGACCAGUAGCGGGGUCCCCUACCAAAAGAGAACCCCGCAAAGCCGCAGCUCGGGGAAAGUGGAGCGAGGAACAAGCAUUGACAAGCGAGAAGUCAGUUUUGAUCGACGCAGACUUGGUGAAACUUCUUGCCAGCUCCGCAGCAUGGCAUGCCUUGGAUGAGGACGAGAAACGCCAAAUUCUAGAUCUUCUUCCCGCCGAUACCCACCCAAAUGCAGAUCCACCAGCAGAUGACCCAAGUGCAAAGAUUCCACCACUCCCUGAUUCUUUUAUUCGGUAUUCAAACAACUGGCGGGAUUGCAUUCGCCAAUUCCAGAUCGAUCUUCAAAAUGGCCGCUAUGACCCCGAAUGGUUGCGACAGGCAGACGAGGCACGAAAAGAGCGGGAGAAUGGCGACUUCGACUCUUUCAAAGAACAGGAAUAUGAAGAGUUCUGGGGCCAGAAACAGAAACUGGAUAAGAGUCUCGCUUCGGGAGAAGCGAGCAAAGUGAAGCUGAUCACUCUGAUCAAUCAAGGAGUGAUUCAGAUUGGGGACGUUUGGAGAUUCAAUUAUGUUUAUGGUAGAGGAGUCGACCGCAUAAUAAUUGAUAAGGAGGCUAGAGUCCAUGAGAUCAACGACUCUAAACUGUCAUUCGUCUUGCCGGCUGGAGAGCGUACCUUUCUACAAAGUGUCGUCACUGAACCUCCCAAGGUAGAACCGUCAAGCCAAGGGGAUGAAACCCAGCAAACCCAGAACAGGAAGCUCAAAAUUGUGGAAAAAGGGCCUGAGGAGGUAUCAAGUGAUCGAUCUUUAGCGAAAGAAGACGAGGUUCAAAUUACCGGAAACAAUCAAGACCAUAUUAGUCCUCAGACUCAAAUUACCCAGGGUGGAUUUCAAAUGAGCACCAACAAAAAGCAAAGCCAAAAAUGGGAGAAUGUGCCUCGCAGUGCCGGGCUCAGAAAUGACCAAGAUAAGAAAGAUCUUCUCAUGUCCUCCCCGCUCUCUACUCCGCCAUACAGUCCAAUACCGAGCCAAUUACCAUCUAGUCCACCGGGUGAGCCAGAUCCUUCGACCCAAGAGGACAUACCAAAGAUCCAGGUAGUGAUCAUGAGCCCUGUUAAGCCACCAUGCAAUGAUUUGAAGCGUCCAAUGCCUCAGCCCGCAGCACAGCCCCCAGUCAAGCGGAAGCGGGGCCGACCACCCAAAAUCCCCAUCGUUGAACCAGUUGAAUCAAAAUUCGAAGAAGACCCAAAGACUGAACUAAUGGUUCCACCUAAACAUCAGUCAAAGGUGCAGGUUGUACUUCGGUCACCAAAUCCCGAGCCCAGGAUCAAACCCACAUCACAUAUGCAUAAUCAUGAUAAGAUUGUCGACAACACAGAUGUACAAAACCUAGAUGACAUGACAGGAGAAGCACUCAAUCCUCUACUUGACGCUGGAUCUACCAGUGCAGCAUAUGCAACCGAAUAUUUGCCUACAACCGCGCACACGCCUCUCCACGUACAGUUGGAUUCUGAUCCUAAACUUGAGGCUGAAGACCCCAUCAAUAAAAUAGACGAGGUCAUCGUCCACAAUAUCUCAGCACCAAGGGCACUUAUAAGUCACAUCUUGGAGGUCGACGGACGAGCGAAAGGCAAUCGCACCGCUAAUGCUUGGAAGGAGAUACGUUGCUACCGCAACAACCAAGAUAUGGGCUCACUCUGGGAUGUACGUCAGAGAUGGUACUUCAAACAAAAAUAA